UUUGAGUAAAAAAAAAUAAUGGAGCUGCUUUCUGUUUUCUAGCGUUCAUCGUGAAAUUUCUACCGAAAAACUUGUAUUUUAGCAAUAUUUUCAGGUAGAAAUACCUUUAACCGUAGCUAUCAUGGCAUCAUCUUCUAAUGUGAAUGGAAACCUGGUGGACGAACUUGAGGAAGCCUUUCAGUCCUGCAUUCACGCCCUCACAAAGGAGGAAUCCUCCACCGGCGUCGAUAAGGAUGAAAUCAAACUAGAAGUUGACCAGACAACCCUCAAGUUCAUCGACCUGGCUCGACAAAUGGAAGCGUUUUUCCUUCAGAAGCGAUUUUUGCUGUCGGCACUGAAGCCCGACUUGUUACUCAAGGAGGAAAACUUUGACCUGAAGCAGGAAAUAGCCCGCAAGGAUGAACUAAUCCGGAAGCACUACGAGAAGAUUGAAUCCUGGAAGAACUUGCUAUCGGAUCAACAGAACUACAACAAGCCGAUCCAGUCAUUACCGCCGGAGAUGCGUGGGAAUAUGCCCGGUGGGGUCCCCGGGGGUCCGGGAAUGAUGCCGGGAGGAAUGGGAAUGCCGAUGCAGAAUUCGAUGCAAGUUCAACAAAUGCAGCAAGCCCAACAGCAACAGAUGCACAUGCUCCAAGCCCAACAAAUGCAGCAGCAGAUGCAGUCAAUGCCCCUAGGGGCCAAUCCACAGAUGUUUCCACAGCCUGGCGGAGGGCGCGGAGUGGGUGCCGGUGGGCCCGGAUUCCAGCAGAGUCCCAACCUGCAAGGGCCGUUGGCUUAUCUGGAGAAGACGGCCAGCAAUAUAGACCUUGUAGGUAUGGGGGAUGGUCGAAGGUGACGCGGGCGGGGCAGGGGGCGAGGCAGAGGACGCGGGCGAGGCCGAGGCCGCGGACGUGGAAACGCUCCCGAGUUUCAUAGCGGUGCGUUAUCUUGAAAGAGGAUCAUUAUCUAGCCACGUUUAGACGGCGUCAUUAGUUUAUAUUACAAUAUACAAACAACAUUUACUCUCUCAUACACACAUACUACUACGGAACGAAGCAGCAAACAUUUUAAGUCCUUUUCCUGAAAAUUGCUGGGAAACAAAAAAAAAUCCAAAAUUCUCAACUUGUUUUGGCCAAUCUAUAAAUCCUUCAAAAUUGAAACGAAGAACACAGUCAAAAACCAAACAUCCAAUCGCAGGGACGAAAACAGAGAAGUAUAACAGUAGCAUCAGCAGAAUGAAGCUCGAAGAUCACGAAAACAAAAAUUCGAAUGCCGACUAAUCCACCCAAAUCGGUUGUGUGUGUUGUAAUGUAAGUCUAGUACCUUGUCCUGAUCAAUUUCAAAAAGAUAAUCGAACGUAACGCUGUGAGGCGAUCAGAACCCGAUUGAACACGAUAUUUUCCACACAAAUUUCUUAAAAACCACUUCACCCAGAAGAUCCUUGGUCCAAUAUUAUUGGAAGUAGAAGAAGAGUCCCAAUCCAAUUGAAGAAGGAGCUGGUUGUAACUUGUUUUUGUUUUAAGAGCGAGGUGAACUUACGUAAUUUUUCUUGUAAUCAUAUUUUGGUUUUGUAAUAAUCGUUAGAGUGAACACUUUUCUUCGUUUUUUCGUCUAUUAAGUAAAUAGCUUUUAUCUCAAGAGUUUUAGGCCAAUAAUUCGCUUUUCCUGAAAUCAAUUCCUUGGACACAGUUUUGCUUUGUCUAUGGCCAUGCUGCACGAGAGUAUCAAUCGUCAUACAUUGAAUCAUUAUUGAAUAAACAUAUAAUAAUAUAAUUGUAAUCAAUAAAAUACAAGCGUUUUAAUUUCUAAGAAAAUCCA